GACAGGAGGGGCGGUGCACCAGGCAGCAUGGCGGCCGCCAUGGCACUGAGCUGCGGGGUUCGCCACGGGCCCUGUUCCCGGCAGCUGCUGGGGCCAAGCGCCCGCGGGCGGCUCGUGCGGCCGGCGGUCUGGGGAAGGAGCGCGGCCCCGGCCUCCAGCCAGCCCGGCCCCGGGGGAGAGGUGCAGUACUGCGCCGAGCUGCUGCGGAAACGUGACUAUGAAGGGUUUCUGUGUUCUCUAUUGUUGCCUGCAGAAUCUCGCACCUCUGCUUUUGCACUGAGAGCCUUCAAUGUUGAACUGGCCCAGAUUAAAGACUCCAUAACACAGAAGACCAUAGGUUUGAUGCGAAUGCAGUUUUGGAGGAAAGCUGUGGAAGAGAUAUACUGUGAUAACCCACCACAUCAGCCAGUUGCUAUAGAACUGUGGAAGGCUAUCAAGAAACAUAACUUGACUAAAAGGUGGCUUCUGAAGAUUAUUGAUGAAAGAGAGAAAAAUUUGGAUGACAGAGCAUAUCGCAGCAUCCAGGAACUUGAAACAUAUGCUGACAACACUCACAGCGCUCUCUUGUAUCUCACCUUGGAAAUGCUGGGUGUGCGGGAUAUCCAUGCAGACCAUGCAGCCAGUCACAUUGGGAAAGCACAAGGCAUUGUCACCUGUUUAAGAGCAACUCCGUAUCAUAGUAAAAGACGAAAGGUCUUUCUUCCUAUGGACAUUUGUAUGUUGCAUGGAGUUUCGCAAGAAGAUUUCAUAAGAGCCAAUCAAGAGAGAAACGUGAGAGAUGUAAUUUACGACAUUGCCAGCCAGGCGCACGUUCAUCUAGAACAUGCUAGGUCUUUCAGUAAAAAUGUUCCUGUUAAAGCAUUUCCUGCCUUUCUCUAUACAGUAAGUGUGAUAACAGUGUACUCUUUAAGUGGUGAAGUAAUUUGUAACUGUCCUUUUAUGAAUGGUAAUGCACCAAGUUAAUUGUUAAUUAGUAAUAUUUUUUUUUAUUUCAGUGGGAGUCCUGGGUGCUUAAUACAUCUGAAAAUUAUGCCACCUAAUUAGGUGCCUAAAUAUAGAUUCAGGUGUCUACCUGGCCGGUAGUUUUAUUUUCUAUUUUUUAAGGGCACAAUU